UCUCUCAUGGUUUCUUCUUGUUCUUCUUAGUUUGCAAAUCAGAUGCUUCUUUGAAGCUAGAGAUUCAGCAGCAGAUCAAGGUUCAAGUUCUGUUUCCUCUCUCUCUCUUCGGUACAAUGCCUAAGAGUAAUGGAGAUUCAAACUCCAACGUAUUCCCUUCUAGCGAUCGAGUCUCCUCCAAUUCUUCAUCGGCAAAUCGAGUCUUUGACUUGGGAAAUUCAAUUGACGGUGAUUCGUUGGUUAAACGAAGGGGCGGAAUUUUUAGUCGAAGUCGAGUUAUGCUUGAAUCACAUACUUUGCCUCAUCGUCGCAGUUGGUCGCUUUGGAGCUCAGAUGCGAGAAGAAUCGAGGUAGAUGAGAUAAAACCGAAGCUGGUUCAGGUCUCGAACUCUCCUUCGUCUUCUGCUUCUUCCCCAUUUAAUACAUGUCCUGAUAGAAGCACCCGUCGACAUAGUAGCUCAUUGGUAUUUCGUUUGCUCAUAGUCAUUUUUAUAGUGACUGUUUUAUAUGCAGUUUCUCUGCGAAUCCAAAUAGCAGAGCUCCAGGGAGAGAUUAGUAGACUUUAUACUGGGAACAGUGUUGUUGGUCUUGACGACAUAAAAAUUUUGCAGCCUGAAGUUAGUAGUUCAUUUUCAUAUUUUGAUAGUGGUGACGGUAGAACUGUUGCUUUGUAUACCGUGGUGUUAAUGCUCAUGACACCAUUCGUUUUGUUCAAAUAUAUUGACCAUCUUCCCCGACUAACUACAAGGAGGUCAAGGAAUAGUGAGGAGGAGGUUCCCUUGAAGAAGAGAAUUGCUUACAGGGUGGACGUGUUUUUCUCAGUCUAUCCGUAUGCAAAGUUGCUCGCUCUUCUUUUUGCGAUUGUACUUCUUAUUGGGUUUGGGGGAUUGGCAUUGUAUGCUGUAGGUGAUUGCAGCCUUUCUGAUGCUCUUUGGCUUUCGUGGACUUUUGUUGCGGACUCGGGAAGUCAUACGGAUAGGGUUGGCAUUGGUCCAAGGAUUGUCUCUGUUUCAAUAAGUUCUGGAGGUAUGCUGAUCUUUGCAAUGAUGCUCGGCCUUGUCUCUGAUGCAAUCUCAGCGAAGGUUGAUUCACUGCGAAAGGGGAAAAGUGAAGUCAUUGAGAUGAACCAUAUAUUAAUCCUUGGAUGGAGUGACAAGUUGGGUUCACUUCUAAAGCAGCUUGCCAUAGCGAACAAGAGCAUAGGUGGUGGUGUAGUUGUAGUGCUUGCAGAAAGAGACAAGGAAGAAAUGGAAACAGAUAUAUCAAAGCUAGAAUUCGAUUUCAUGGGGUCCUCUGUCAUUUGCAGAAGUGGCAGUCCUCUCAUUUUGGCCGACUUAAAAAAGGUUUCAGUUUCGAAGGCACGUGCCAUCAUCGUGUUGGCAUCUGAUGAAAAUGCAGAUCAGAGUGAUGCACGUGCUUUGAGAGUUGUAUUGAGCCUGACUGGAGUGAAGGAAGGUUUGAAGGGUCAUAUUGUUGUAGAGUUGAGUGAUCUUGACAAUGAACCUUUAGUAAAGCUUGUUGGAGGGGAACUCAUUGAAACAGUUGUUGCACAUGAUGUGAUUGGACGUCUGAUGAUCCAAUGUGCUCUCCAACCUGGCCUUGCACAGAUAUGGGAAGAUAUCUUAGGAUUUGAGAAUGCUGAGUUCUAUAUCAAAAGGUGGCCUCAGUUAGAUGGUCUGCGAUUUGAAGACGUACUGAUUUCAUUUGCCGAUGCUGUACCUUGUGGAGUGAAGGUUGCUGCCCAGGGUGGCAAGAUCAUUUUAAAUCCAAAUGAUGAUUAUGUUUUAGAAGAAGGAGAUGAAGUCCUUGUUAUAGCGGAAGAUGAUGAUACUUAUGAACCAGGCCCUUUACCAGAUAUACACAGGGGCUUUUUCCCUAACAUGUUCUGCCCUCCAAAAUUUCCAGAGAAGAUACUAUUUUGUGGCUGGCGCCGUGACAUUCAUGAUAUGAUUAUGGUCCUAGAGGCAUUCUUGGCUCCAGGUUCAGAACUAUGGAUGUUUAAUGAGGUUCCAGAGAAGGAAAGAGAGAGCAAACUGACUGAUGGUGGGCUUGAUCUUAAAGGAUUGGUGAACAUAAAGCUUGUACACAGGGAAGGAAAUGCUGUCAUCCGGCGACAUUUAGAGAAUCUUCCGGUAGAGACUUUUGAUUCUAUUUUAAUUCUUGCAGAUGAAUCUCUGGAGGACUCAAUUGCGCAAUCUGACUCACGGUCUCUGUCUACUCUUCUUCUGAUCCGUGAUAUUCAGUCCAAGCGUCUUCCACAUCGAGUUGCAAAACGACCUCCUCUGCGUCAUUCUGGAUUCUCUUACAGCUCUUGGAUCUGCGAAAUGCAGCAAGCCUCAGACACAUCAAUAAUUAUUAGUGAGAUCCUGGAUUCAAGGACUAGAAACCUGGUAUCCGUCUCGAGAAUAAGUGAUUAUGUGUUGUCGAAUGAACUAGUGAGUAUGGCACUAGCGAUGGUUGCUGAAGACAAGCAAAUCAAUCGGGUACUCGAGGAACUCUUUUCUGCGAAGGGGAGCGAGAUGUUUAUCAGGCCAGCAGAAUUUUAUCUCUUUGAGCAAGAAGAGUUGUGCUUCUAUGAUAUAAUGAAGAGAGGUCGACAAAAGCAGGAGAUCGUGAUUGGUUAUCGCCUAGCAACAGAAGAAUGUGCCUUUAUCAAUCCUUCGCACAAAGAAAAACCACGAAAAUGGUCCCUUGAAGAUGUUUUUGUUGUCAUCUCUCUGGGAGAAUGAAGAAGAUUGCAAUAUAUUGGCUCCAACAUCCGAUUUUUCCUUGAAAUGGUAGCUUUAGAGUCAUUGAUUUUGCUAACCAUUCUACCACUUCUACUUCUUGUAGCCUGCAUCUCUGCUACUGUUCAACCUUUUCUUGGUACCCGGGUGUGGGUAAAAUAUAGUUUAAAUUAUUACCUGGAAUGGAGUACUAGGUGUUGAAUGAAGAUCUGUGAGCAACCUCCACAAUUG